UACAGCCACCCCGCUACCCCUCCCCUAUCCCCCCUAUACUGAUCAGUUGUAAUACAGCGCUCAGGCCGGACCCCGUGCUGCGUGCUACGUGUCCCUACCCGGAGCUCUGAUCAGACUGGGACCUCCACUUCCGGUUCCUCCAUCUUCCCACAAUCCUCCUGUGUUGUGGCCGCCUGACUGGGCUGAGGGAGGAGGACAGAGGCGGAGAGGGAGCGCAGUGUGUCCGGGCAGGCAGAGGCCGCUCAGCAUCGAUCAUGUCGGCUCAGGCCCAAAUGAGAGCUCUGCUGGACCAGCUGAUGGGCACGGCCCGGGACGGUGAUGAGACCCGGCAACGUGUAAAGUUUUCAGAUGAUCGUGUCUGCAAAAGUCACCUCCUUGAUUGCUGUCCGCAUGACAUUCUUGCAGGAACGAGGAUGGACUUAGGUGAGUGCACCAAGAUUCACGACUUGGCACUGAGAGCGGAUUAUGAAAUUGCCAGCAAGGAGAAAGAUUUAUUCUUUGAGCUUGAUGCUAUGGAUCAUUUGGAGGCCUUUAUAGCGGAGUGUGACAGAAGGACUGAACUUGCAAAGAAACGUCUUGCUGAAACCCAAGAGGAGAUAAGUGCAGAAGUUGCUGUAAAGGCAGAAAAAGUUCAUGAAUUGAAUGAAGAGAUUGGAAAGCUACUGGCAAAAGCUGAACAGCUUGGGGCUGAAGGAAAUGUUGAUGAGUCACAAAAGAUUCUAAUGGAGAUGGAGAGAGUAAAGGCCAGAAAAAGAGAGGCAGAGGAUGAAUACCGCAAUUCAAUGCCCGCUUCUAGCUUUCAGCAGCAGAAACUGCGGGUUUGUGAAGUCUGUUCUGCUUACCUUGGACUGCAUGACAAUGAUCGCCGACUUGCAGAUCACUUUGGUGGAAAAUUGCAUCUAGGGUUUAUUCUCAUCCGAGAAAAACUUGAGCAAAUGAGAAAAACAGUGGCAACCAAGCAGGAAAAACGGAACCAGGAUCGCUUGCGGAGGAGAGAGGAACGAGAUAAAGAAGAGCGAUCGGGAAAAAGGUCACGAUCCAAGGAGCGAAAGAGACGAAGAUCGCGAUCCACUUCUCGCGAGAAGCGAAGGUCAAGGUCUAGGGAUCGGCAUAGACAUCAUCGUAGUCGCUCGGGAAGUCGCAACACAAGUUACCAUGGCAGUUCACGAGAUAGGGAACGAUCAAAAAAAUAAUUACUGAGAAGAUCAGAUGAGAUCACACAAACACCGUAUUUGAGUCUUGAAGUCUAACUUUGCAUAUGGGGAACUUGCAGUACUUCAAAUAACAUUCUUUGUGUUGUAUUUUUAAGUAAUCCAGCAAUGUUCUAUAAAUGAUAAUAAAGCUUUUUUCUUACUGAAAACUCACAUUUGAUAAACCUAAUUUUUUUUAUUGUUUUCAAAAUAGCUAAGUUACAAAAUUAUAUUCUGCUUGCCCUCAGUUUGAAAGUAGUUUGAGUAUAAUUAAAAAUAUUUGUUUAGUGUAUGAAUUUUGUUUUAUUGUGGGUUUUUAUUGAUUGUUUGUUUUUUUUUGUUUUUUUAAAUGUGUGUGGGGGGGAGGUCUGGGGGAGAGAGAGGAUGGAUGGGAGUUUGUAAUAUACCAAAAACUGUUAAUGUAGUUUUCAUGUGGUUUAAACCUGUAUAACAUUUGUAGAUAGUAUUCAGAUUAAACAUGUUUGCUUCUGCAGUAAUAAUA